CAAGUUGAGUUGCGAAGUGAUUGAAAAAGUUAUCGUAAAAUCAUGGCUAUUUGCCGGCUUUGUGCCAAAGAUUGUACGGCUAAUAACCGUUUGGAGGAACGUAAUUUCCGGGAAAAGGUUGUGGAUAUCAUCUGCAUGUGGAUUGAUAUCAACACUGACACAAGGGUAGAUACAUGCGAUGCCUGCGAAGAGUUAGUGGAACGGUUUUACGCUUUUAAAAGCGAAUGCCGAUCCGUUCAACUGCGAUUAAAAAAUAAGCCCAGAAUUGUCCGAAAAGAUUUGAAAGAACGAUGUUUGCCAAAUUCUUACAGCAAUAAAUCAAAGCUUAAAACAAAGCCUGAUCGGCCAGAUUCUAUCGAAGAAAAUGCACAUCCUGUCAGUUCAUCCGAAACAGAUCCCGAAAUCGAUUCCCCUUCGCGUAAACCUUGGUUUCCGCUAGAAGAACCGGAACUUCCACCCCUACCGAAACCUAAAAAGCCAAAAAAGGUGUACCGCCCUAAGCCGAAAACAACUGUGGAAGGACCACGAACAGUCGUUCCGCGUCCCUGGCGACGAAAGUUCAAGGAAGCGAUUGAUAUGCCACCGGAACAGUAUCGCGAAUAUGUACUCCAAAAGAGCAAUGCGAAGAAACAGACCCUGGUGUGCGAAAUAUGUGGUCGAAACAUCGAUAUCAUUCGGAUGGAUGGACACAAAAAUCGUCAUCUCGGAUUGCAACCAUACGAGUGCGCUGAUUGUGGUGAUAAAUUUAACUGUAAGCUUAAUCUACGUGGCCACUGGCGCAGAAACCACGUUGUGGACGAAGAAGCGGCAUGCGAAACGUGUGGCAAGGUCUUCAAGAACAAGCUACAGGUAAAGUCACAUAUGAAGUCGCACGCCGAGCGGAAGUUCCAGUGCCCCCUGUGUCCACUGAAGUGCUCUAACAAGUUUACAUUGAACUAUCACCUGAAGAUCCACAACCAGACACGUGACUUCAAGUGUGAACUGUGUGGAAAGGCUUUCUAUUGCAAGUCGGUUUGGAAUAUACACAUGCGAACGCACAGCGGUGAGGCUCCGUACAAGUGCGACGUUGAAGGAUGUAGAAAAGCGUUUGUCCACCGGAACCUGUACGUUGCGCACAUGAACAAAAAUCAUCCAGGACGGCCACUUAUGUAUCUCAGCGGUAAGAAAGGCUAUAAGGAUUCGAUGAUGAAAAAAGCUCUGUGAAUA